AUGGUCAAGCUGAGUCCACAUUACUGUACUCCCUUACUGCUGGUUUUUAUGCGGAUGCUACUGUUGGCCGAGGCCGAAGAUACGGGACGAGGAGGGCAUGUCGAUCUGACGACGAUUAUGAGGAGAAACCGGUAUUACAAUAAUCACGCCGUCCCCACUGCUGGGCAAGGUGAGUUGGAAAGAAAGUUGGGCCUAGAAAUCGUAACAAAUUUUCAUAAUUACAAAAAAAAUUAAAUUUUGGGGCGUCGGAUUUUUUUGACAUUUCGAAAAAAUAAAAGUACACUUUUCUGAGAUCCUCGGAUUAUCCUUGGUGUUUGAAACCAUCAAUUUUUUUUUGAAAUGACUUAAAUUUUGAUAUUUUUGCAAAUUUUUUAUUUUUACGGUAACUUGGAAAAAUCGGAAAUUGUUUUUUUUAUAGAUUUUUAAAGUAAAUUUUGAAGGAAUAGUCAAAAAAAUCGUUUAGAUUUUUUUUUUUUAUUUUUUGAUCAAAUCUGGGAAAAAAAUUUAAAUAAAAUUUUUAAUUAAAGUUUUUGAAAAAAAAUAUGUGAUUUUUGUAGAAAUCGCAAAAAAAUCCCGUUACAAUUUCUCUUUUUUCAAAUUUGGAUUAGCCAUUUCAAAACACUUUUUUUGGCCUUUCACACUUUGUUCGCACUUAUGACAUAUUUUGAAUAAACAAACAACACUUCCCUAUUUUCCUCAGACCAAAAAGUCAUCCGAUUCGUUUUUGGGAACGUUUAAAAAAUGCAUAAUUGACUCAGAGAUCUUCUAUUUCACACCCUCAAGGCCAAUUUCCGGAGUAGAAUAAAAAAAAAAUUAUUUCCACGUCAUGGAGAGGAGCAUAAGUCAUCAAAAUGACUGAAUUCGGAGCUGUCUUUGCAUUAGAAAUCAUCUCCAGUUUCCAAUUCCAACAAUUAAAUUUCAAAAAAUGCCUAAAAGAAUUUAUUUUAGGCGACUUGAGACUGCAGAAACACGCAAAGAACAAAAAUUUGGAGCUUUAAAAAAUGUGCAAUACGAAAAAAUGUUGUCAUAAAAAUGAACAAUGCAUGUUUGUAAACGAUUUAUUUGCAGGCAAACCAACACGGGUCACAAUUCAAAUGUACAUUGAAGGAAUGUCCUCAUUCCGCGCUCAAACUAUGGUAAGUUUGGAUCGAAUACAUGGUAAAAUACAUAUGGCUAUGGUGUCAUAAAGACUCUAUUUCUUCAAAAAACAUUUAUUAGCUGCUCUCUGUGGAUUUACAGAGCUAAAAAGUCAAGGGCGGCUAGGAAUUAUACCUUGUUCUAGGCAGUUCCAAAAAUUGCUGAAAAAGCUGGACAAUGUAUCGUAUUUUACAUUUAUUUACCUUUCCGAAACUUUAAAAUUUUUCAAAUUCCAGGACUUUCAUAUCGACGUUUAUUUGCAAUUGCGCUGGAUAGACCAUCGGUUGGCUCACAAUGGCAGUAAUCGGAUCCUGGUCAAGGACCAGAACUUGUACGGAUUAAUAUGGCAUCCCGGUCAGUUUCCUUAAUCCUCAGUUGUAUUUAUUGCACUUUCAUGCAUGUCAAUGUAAUCUUUUUUUUAGAUUUAUACUUUGCGAAUGCUCGAACAGCCUCAUUUCAUGAUGUCACCUCUCCUAAUUUUUUGGUUUGGAUUUAUUCUAAUGGCACCGUAUUUUAUGAUGCUCGGUGAGCUCCAUUUGAGAUUUAAAGCAUAAAUAUUCUCGCUGUUAUGAUAUAAAAAGGUUUUUAGAAUAUCAAUGACGGUUAUUUGUAUGCUCCAUCUUGCCCGAUAUCCCUUGGACAGUCAGGGAUGUGCGCUGCGGAUAUUGUCGUGUAAGUGGAAGUACUCCAAGCUCAGAUUUUGAUAAAACUUGGCACAAAUUUAGAUCAUUUUUUCAUAAGAUAUAUGCGAGACUCCUAGCUCGCGCCUUGCAGAAACGACCAUAGAUUUCUUGGCCGAAAAUCGACACAAAGUUGAAAUUUUUUGGAGAAUUUUUGCGUGAAAAGUUUCGUACUUAUUUCUAUCGUAUAGGAUAAUGUUUUCACAAAAAAUCAAUUUUUUCUAUGCGAAGCUAGCAAAGAUACGGCCAAAAAGUGUUUCCUCUCUAACCGCACUCCACUUUUCGCCUACUCUCUCGGCAGCAAAAAUCGUUCAAAUUCUUGGGUUUCCCUGGAAAAUGAAAGCUAAAAUUUUCAGGCAUUGAUUUUUAGUCUAUGCAAAAAUUUUAAAAAAAUUUUGAGCGUCACACUUCAAAAAAAUUCCCAUUUUAAUUCCGAUUUCUUUUGUCAUCCUUUAGGUGACAAAUCAUAAUAAAAUAUAUGCAGACCCCAAACAUAUAGCUUUUUAGACCCCUACGACACCGAAUCUCUGAUCAUCGAAUGGAGCAGCUACGGAGUGAUGACGAAUCCAGAGAUUCGAAUGCCGGACAUGAAGUUGCGGACGAUCAUUCCGGCCGUCCGCAACGACAGUUACGCCAUGGGAAACUGGAGCUGCGCGACGGCAGAGUUCAUCGUAGACCGGCUCCUGAUGCAUCAUAUCAUCCAGACUUAUGUCCCGCAAAGUUUGAUCGUCGUCAUUUCUUGGAUUUCGUUCUGGCUGGAUGUGGAAGCCGUGCCAGGACGGGUCUCUUUGUCCAUUACUACGUAAGCCAGUUUGAGAGAAGUUUUUUGGGAAAAAAUAUUUCUUGAGAGUAGACCUAAAAGAGAUUGGAAUAGGACGGUAAAAUACGAUGAUUGGUUUUAGUGCAUUUUCAAGCAGCCUGAAGGAAAAUCGGAGGCUAUAACUUCCGGCGGAGGCGGCGUAGAGACUUCGUUUUUGGAACAUGUAUUUUUAGGCGACAUUAAUUUUUGUCUAUGAAAUAACAAGAUUUUAAAGUGAAAACUGAGGUUGCUACGGCCGUUUGAAGUAGGGCCCUUUUACCCUGAAAACAAAAAAAAAUAUUUUUGUAAUUCUUUUUGACAAAGUUUUCACCAUUGAACCUUUGUCACGACUUCGCGUGCGAAUUUGCAUAUUCCCACGGAAUGACCGACAAAUUGGUAUAAAAGGAAGAGAAAUCGCCAAUUAUUAUUGUAUUUUAUUUUGUGUCUGUUCUUUCCCGGUUGUAUUGUAUUCAAUAAACUGUCAUAUUUCUACUGUCUAUUGUUUGGUCGAUGCUAUUGUGAGUUCGUUUAUGAAGUUGUUGCCUAGGGCAUAGUUAGUUGUAUUGUCGAUUGUUUCUGUUGUCGUUGCAUAGGGCUUGGGAUCACAAAUAGCAGCUAUAGAUUAGGGACCCUUAUUACUUGACCCAGAUAUGUUUCCCAGAUAUUUUUACUUUCCAUAAAUAUUCAAAAACCUCCUCAAAACUGUGAUCCUCUCCGAUUUCCUCCAAAAACGAUUCUCUUUUAGACUCCUGACCUUAUCCACGCAGAGUUCGGCGGAGCGGAUGUCUCUCCCACAAGUAAGUCAAUAACAUUAUUAUCCGAUAUUCAAUUUCACUUUUUUUCGUAGAACCUUCGAGAUGUUCGGUCCGAAUUUAUUUCCGAUUUGCCCUGAGGCCAUGUUUCUUUAAAGCACUGUGUGAAACUUUUUUUGUCGCGAAAAAACUUUUAAUCGUCGAGAAAAAAAUAUUAGCACUUGUGAAUAUUGAACUUGGUUGCCUCAGGGUAUGGAGAAAAAAUGGAAGUAAUUGUCGGAAAAAUAUUUGAGAGAUAAAAAAAUACUUUUAGAAAAGAAUAUUUAAAAAAACUCUAAAAAUUUCAGGCCAGCUAUGUCAAAGCCUCCGACGUGUUUGGCGGCGCUUGUAUGGCCUUUGUGUUUCUGGCACUCAUCGAAUUUACAAUUGUAAAUUACUGCACCAGAAGGAAGAUCCAUGAGAAAAUGCCGGUCAAGGAUUGCCUCUCCGCACAGGCGAAGCGAAUGGCCGAGGAAUAUGUAAGCAAAAAAAUUAACUAGCUAAGUAAACAUGUCGUAUUUUACAAUAUUAUUUUUUCAUGGCUGAAAAAUUAGAAAAAUUACCAAAAAAUUUUUUUUUGCUUUUUUUGAUUUUUAAAAUGGCUUCCAAAGAGUUCAACAAAAUUUCGAAUAAAAAUAAAUUUUAUUUUAUUUUAUUUUUUUUUUUAUUUUUUUGAAUUUUUUGGCGAUAAAAACUCAAAAUUCCUCUGAGAUUGUAAGCUAAAUUUCAGCCAAACUUAUCACAAAAUAUUUUCAGCACCAGAAGAUGCGGAUAAAGCAGGACAUGCACAUGAGCCUACUGCCUCAAUCCGAACGCAACGGGAACGGCGUCGGCGCCAAUUUCUUCACACGAAUGGGCGACGAAUCCCCGAACGAGGCCAACAACAAUGAGAAGUCGAGCAUGUUCCGCAGGAGCAACGACCCGAUUAGUGGCUUCCCGUUGCCCUUCCCGACGCCCGGCUUCGGCAAGGAUGCGGUCAAGAUCAAUUACAAGAAAGCGCAAAGGUAAGUGGGCUAAUUGUAAGUUGGAAUUAGGGUUCAAACUACAGGGUGACCCAAAAUAACGGAGACAAAAGAUUUCCCGUUUUUUCUGCGACUUAUUAAGAUUCAUGAGUGACUCCUUAUUUAUAUUACAGUACCACGUUAGGGUAGUUUUAUUUACCGGUAGUUUUGUUGUACGACGCUCUUCUGUCUUGAACGACAUGAAUAUAUCCGGUUGACUCGGACCCUUCUGCCCGUGGGGUCUUUUUACAAGAAAGCUGCCUUACUCAAAAAAGAAAACUCGGGAUAGUUUGAGAUUUACAGUUAUUAAUUAUCAUAAUAAGACCUUUAAAAUGAGCUAUCAUACUAAGCUUAACUAUCGAUGGUUCAAAAGUUACAGCCGAGUAUUUUCAGGCACUUGAAGUGCAAAAAUCGGCCUUUUUUGAAAAUGUAAGCGCAACAAGGAGUUUAAAUGUUAGAUAAGGCAAAAUGUAAUAUGAGUUACUAGAACAUGAUUAAAGGAACACCACAAAAGCAAAAGAGAAAGAUUUUGUAACUGAUACGGAAUGCUAUUUGGUAAUCACUAGAAUUCUGCCUUAUUUUUGCCUUAGGCGGAAUACCGGUCGAGUCGGUGACACAUAAAGACCGAAAGUGCCCUAGGCUGAUGCUCAAGAGUCGUAUUCAUAAGUGUACAGGAGCAUAAUGCGCCAUUUUUAUCUAUCAUGUCAUUCUGUUAUCGAUAACCCAUCUUUCUCAAAGCCGCGUGCCACGAGGAAGUUCUGGGCAAUAAACUUGUUAAGGAAAAGCUGUUGCAACCAGCAAGCAAUCACAGAUUUUUUCAGAAUCAUUGUAUUUAUGAAUAGAACACGUACUAGCGGUUUUAGCUUAAUUCGAAAAAAACUGAAUUUUUUAUGGAAAAAAUUUGGGAAAAAUGGCGAUCUUCAAUGUUGAGAUCGGUACCACCGUAGAAAUAAAAACCGUAGCCCAAAACCCUACGCAACUGCUUUCUUAGGGACAUAGUAGUCUAACAAAACAAAAGAUCUUGCCAUUUCUGCGGCUGUAGUAAUGCCAGGCUUUACACAACACAAGGGAACCAAACUUGAAGGCCAAAAAAACGGCGCAAGGCAUAUUUGUUAAGCUGCAACUUUUUACUGCGACAUGAUGAUUCCCCCAAACUUUCGUGGAUUAUAGAGAAGGUGUUAUAGAAUAUUUCCCGCUGUCGCUUAUGUUUCUCUAACGCCCGGUUUUCGUGGUGGGACCUUCAAAAAUUUGUCUCCGUUAUUUUGGGUCACCCUGUAUAGAUGGAAAUUGAAAAAAAAAACUUCUGGCGUCUCUCCUCUUUUCCGUACUCUCUCGCAUAUCAAUUUGUGAAGGUUUUAGCUCACGCUUUGCAGGGGCAGCCGAGAUAUUCAAUGAUAUUCGAGAGAGCACGCGAAAUGCGGAGAGCGGUCAGAGAAAAAACUUUUUUUAGUUGUAUCUUUGCUAGUUUCGCAUAGAAAAAAAUUAUUUUUUGUGGAAAUAUUACUUUCUACAGUGGAAGUCAGCAUAAAAUUUUUUAUGACGAAAUUCGACAAAAAGUAUCAAAUUUUGGCUGACUUUUUGAUCUAAAAAUCCCGAUCAUUUUUGCAAAGCGCGAGCUGUAAUUCUCGCGUAUACCUUAUAAAAAAUUAACUUAAAUUUAUGCCAAGUUUCAUCAAAAUCUGAGCGUACUUACCCUGUAAAUUUACCUCAAAAACAUACCCAAAAUUCCGUUAAAAAUCGAAAGUAACCAUCCUAAUUCCAUAAAAAACAGCUACAACAUUCAUUUCAGACAACAACGAAUGGAGUUGAACCGCAAAGUUGCCCAGACGAUCGAUCUCCACUGCCGUUUCUGGUUCCCCUUCUCGUUCAUCAUGUUCAACAUUGUGUACUGGACGUAUUACCUCUACAUCAACCCCAAGGACAUUUAG